CUAAACUUUUGGCAACGCACUCCUGCUGCUGUGGCGACAAGGUGACUUCUUGACCUGCAGAUCCCCGGCUAAAAUCCAGCAGAACGGGAUCCUAAAUUGAUGCUCAGGGCAUGGAUUUAAACUGAACCUUAAUGAAGAAUUUCUCACUUUUUUUUUGCACUUUCACCUGAAUUACUUCACUUGGAGGGCAGCUUUGUAAAGGUGAACCCAUUGGAGACCUAAGUCAGCAGCAGCAUUGUGAGUUUUGCAUGCCUGACGCCUGAGUGUUGCACUCAGCGCUUGUUAAAGCUUGUUCUCUGAGUGUCUGCAACAUUUUAUGGUGGUAUUAAAAUCUGAGGACAUGUCUAGAUUCUUUUUUUAUUCAUCUCUGUCUCCUCUUUCCUCCUCAGGGAAGUCAUGGUCCCCUCACUGCACUGGCUCCUGCUAUUGUGGGGGCUUCAAGGUCUCUUGGCGCAGGACUAUGAAGAGGACUAUGAAGAUGAGGUGGUAAUUCCCAAAAGGAAGAGCAAAGAGUUUUCUCCCAAUGCCAUACCAAAAAAUGGAAAAGGUAAGUCUGGAGUUGUCUCUUCUUCAGCUGAGGUAGUUUUACUUUGAAAAGUGGUUCAGAUCCGAGCAGGUGGCACAUUUUUGGGAAAAACUGCAGCAGCAGGAGAAAAAAAUAGAACAUGAUCCUCAACAAGGACAUCGCUGGAGGAUGCAAUCCUCUUGGAUUGAUCGUAUCUCUGAGCUUUCUCAGAACCAUCCAUCUCCUGCGAGCCCGCUCAGCGCUCUCUGUUACCCAAAUGUUUUAUUCGCUCAGAAUCCAGUUUCCCCGGGCACAUUCUCCCCGUGACACACUCCUGCGAAGAUUUAUGUGAUUUAUCCCCGAGCAAAUAUUAGAUCUGUGACCUCUCCCCAUUGCUAAAGGUUAGUGCAGAAAAAUGGCGAUGUUUUAUUUCCUCUUCCAAAUUAUAUGUCACAUUUUUAAACCUUUAACACUCUUCCUGAGCGAGCAUCAAGCUACUGAGUCUAAACAGAAGAUAAAUCAACCAGAGGUCUCUACAGGCAGACAUUCGUCCUAACUUGUUAAAUCCUAUUGGCCGUGAUUAAUUCAGUCUUUAUGUUGGAAUGUGUAUGAAAGAUGUUAUCGAGGACAUCCUGAAUGGAAAGACCAGGAAAACCAACGAAAUCAAAGUCCUUCUAACUCCUGAGUUUGUAAAGAAGCCAAAAAAUGUUCCUCUGAAGAUGUUGAACAUGAGCUUUUGACAAGAGGAAAAGGUUUAAAAUUAACGCAAAGAUAUGACACUGAUCAAUCAAUCAAAUUCAAAUCAAUUUUUAUUUAUAUAGCGCCAAUUCACAACAGUCGUCAUCCCAAGACGCUUUUCAAAGAACAAGAGCAGGUCUAGACCACGCUCAUUGUUUGAUGAAUUAUCAAGAACCAACCUAAGAUGGGUUUUGGCUCAUCUCAUCGAACAUGAGAAACAAGAAAAAACUUCCUUUUAACAGGCAGAAACCUUGAGCAGGACCAGACUCCUGCCGCUGCUGGGUUGGUCCAGAUCUACACCUGGCUCGUACUGACUAGAUUUCCCGUCUUUCAGCUCUCGUUGAUGAGGACUGCGGUUUGGAGAUCGCCUUUUUGAUUGACAGCUCGGAGAGCGCCAAGGACAACCAUGCCCAGGAGAAGCGCUUCGCCAUGGACGUGAUGGACCGACUUCAAGGCCUCCGGCUCCAGACCGGCAGAGGCCUCAGCUCCCGCGCCGCUCUUCUUCAGUACAGCAGUCAUGUCAUCAUAGAGCAGACCUUCAAACAGUGGAGAGGUCCUGACGAUUUCAAGGCCAGGAUCGCCCCCAUCGUGUACAUCGGCCACGGCACCUACACCACCUACGCCAUCACCAACCUCACCCGCAUCUACCUGGAGGAGUCGCCAACCGUCAGCAUCAAGGUGGCCGUACUGCUCUUCGACGGCAUCUCCCACCCGAGGAACCCGGACAUAUUCUCGGCCGUGGCUGAUGCCAAGAACCAGGGCGUCCGCUUCUUCACGAUAGGAAUCACCCCCGAGGCCAACGAGCCGGCGAACAUCGCACAGCUACGCCUCAUCGCUAACUCUCCGGCUUCUCGUUACCUUCACAACCUGCAGGACAGAGGCAUCGUGGAGAAAGUCAUCAAGGAGAUCGUGAGUAAAACAAAAUUUGGUCUGUUUUCAAAUGUCAUGAACCGCAGCUCGCUGGUGCAGACAUUCCUGAACACGCAUGAAGGUUCUUGUAUGUUUCAUAAUUCCGCGCUCCCCUGCAGGGCCAGUCAUUUACGAACAGUUGAAGCCACAAAAAGCCAUUACGCAGGCGGUCUUUUGCCAAGUGAUUUCAUGUCAGCAUGUACUACUUCUAAGUGCCGUCCUGCUACUACCACCCACUGUUUUCUUGGCAGCACUGAUGUACACCUGCUACCUGUUUUCUGCUGCCAUAGUAACAGGUCUGCUCCAUCACCUAAAUUAGCUUUGCAGACUGAUGCUCCUCUUAUUACGACAUCCUCUCUGAAAAUUCGCAGAUUGGUGGAAAAACGGAGCUCUGGAUUCAUCUCUUGCCACAAACGCAUGUGUUGGAAGAUCAUCCAGUCAUCAUUCAUCCAUAUUCCAAACUGUUUACCUUGGCUGGGGUGAUUGGUGUUACUUCCCUGAGCUGACGAUACAUUUCCACUGAGAUAAUUAGAACAUGUGCGGCACAGCAACAUCCUGUGGCUGUGUUCGCAGACAUAUGCUCUGAAUUAAACCUCUUUGUGGGAAAAGCGGGUGCACAAAGAGGAGGAACUCUGCAAGAACCUGGAUGCACGCUACAUCGUUUAAGCGUCUCCUCCAACCUCAAACUAAGAGGUUACUGUUGACACAGGUGGUACAGAUCCAGAUACGAUAAGGUGAAACUGUGUAGAGAACUUCGACGAGACUUUGAGGGCAUUGAACCCGACAGCUUGCGUUCUGCUCGCAUGCAAGUCCACAGACGGACUUUCAUCUCAUUGCCUUGAACAGGCAGCAUCUGUAUGUCAUAAGCAUGUGCCUUUGUCUCAGCUGAGAAACCGUCUUUCAUCCUCGGUCCCUGUAUUGUACGUCUAAAAACGGACAGACAGUCUUCAGACGCCCCUUACUACUUCUGAAACAUCGCUCGGAUUCUCAGCUAGGCGGUUUUACUGAUCACUGCAUGUGGUUUGGAUCCCAGCUAAGUGGAAUUUGACCAUUUCCUGUCUCCUAGCAUGUUAGCCGGUUAGCUAUAUAGUCAUAUCCUUCAACACUUUGCAGAAGCACACAUCUUUGUUUGACUUCAUCCUCAAAGACGGGAUCGUCCAUCAUCAGGCCGUCGUCGGGAUGCUGAGCAAGAUUAUUUUUUUCUGAGUCCUGGUGGAGUUUUGACCAUCCCCCUUUGUGUACCAAGUGUGGUCAGCUUUGAAGAGGAAACCAGGGGUUGUUCGAAAGGGGCCCCGGAUCAAAGUAUCUCCUUCAGGAGGAAGUCGCUCAUGUUCGUACAUUUAGAAAAUAACUUGAUUGAAGGCCGUCAGUGACCUUUCUCCAGCUCCAGUCUGAUCCUACGAUGUAAAGACCGGAAUUUAAACCUCAGCUCUCAAAGUGAAAGACUCUUACUUUAGCUCUCAGUCUAUAAAUGUCUGCUGGUGUGUUUUGUAUGAACCAUAUGGAGCAAAUUUGACAACAUCCUGACGUUUUUGUGUUUUCUGCUCCACAGACGUCGGUGGCGGAUGAAGGGGUAAGUCCAAACUGUGGUCCUGCUGCACAUUAUUUAUGACCCUGUAACGGCUUGUCUGACUCUCUUUUCAUUUUCUUCCCAGUGUCCUCUGGCUCUGAGCAAGUGUGCGUGCGAUAAGGGUGAGAGGGGACCCAUUGGCCCCGCUGUGAGUAUCACAUUUCAGCUAAAAAAAAUCUAUAGAAAUGGUACCAAGACUUAUUUUAGCUUUAUACACAAUUUCCCUGCUUAUUUACGACAUUUUCACUCAGUACUCUGGGGGUCUUUUCCCUCAGCUGCAUAAAAAAAGGCUCAAAUUUCUCUUCUCCAAAACCACAUGUAUUCUUCAGCAGCCCCUCAACGUCAAUUACCCCCAAACUGUCGUCUUUGAAGCGCUGUAGAGGAUUCAACAGCUGACAAAGAGACCCUUGAUGCUAACAGGCUACAUAAUUGCAGGGGGUUUGGUGCGGUUUUUUGAGAUGCUCAGUUUCCCCGCAGCAGUGAGAGUCGAGAAAAUACCUUACAUUCCUCUUGUUUAUUGCGAACAGGCCUAUAGACGGCGCAUAUUUACAUGAAAAAUCAGAGAAAUCCUGUCUGUCAAAAGAGGCCAGCCGCAGCGUUUGGUCUCUGCGGAGAUGAUGUCGAAUGUCCGCUUCUAGGGACCGUGUCUGGAUGCGAACAUGCCUCUUAUUACACAAAGAAGUUCAACCGCAAUUAGAAGUAGCGGUUUGGCUUUGAUGUAUUUUAACAGGAUGGGAACAGAGUAAUUACCCCCCUUUAAACCUAAUGCCCCGAACAAAAGCUGUUUCACAUCACGGCGGCAGCUGAAGGAAGCGGCUUGCGGAGAUACAGGCAUGAAAACAGGGAGGCACUUAAAAAGAUAAGAACUUUCACACACAUGCAUGAGAACAGAGAGAAGAGCCAGACCGUUGUUAGUCUGCUCCUCUCGCACACAUGCAGACGACUUGAAGUCCCCUCUGACUCAUCUGCGCCCAGACCCACUGGCCGUAGCCCAACACGAACGCCAAGUGAUUCCUCUGUGAGGCGUGAAGACGCUCAUAUAAGAGAACAAAAGACAGUAAAUUAGAAAGAGGACUAUUGUUCUCAUUGUUUGUGAUAUCUAACAGAUGAUAUCGUUCAUCCCUGGAAGCCAUAUGAGAUACUAUCAUGCAUUGUCUCUCUCCAGGGUAAGAAGGGUCGUCCAGGAGAAGAUGGGAGUCCUGGUCCAAAAGGGCAGAAGGUUUUUGUCUUUUACUUUCAUUUCUAAGUGAAGAUGCCUCCAUCUCUAGAUUUCACUCAACAGUACAAGUAAAAUCUCUGUUUCUCUCAGGGUGAGGGCGGGCUCAGUGGACUUCCGGGUCGAGAAGGAGGCGAGGUAAGCUAAAGAGAUAAUCUGCGUUUUAUUUUGGACAGGAUUUGGUUUUCUUUGACAGACCUUAACCGGACUGUUUUGUACACACAGGGGAAACCAGGGUACAAAGGAGAGAAGGUAAUGUAUGGAUUCGAUAUGCCUCCUCCCCUCCCCUCAGGUUUGUCAAAGUAUCGGGUUCCCACAGAAAAUCUGCUGUGAGAUCUGAGAAUUAUGUUUUCCAGACCUGAUGAAGUGCCUUGAAAGCAGCACCAUAGAGAGAGAGAGAGAGGAGACUUUGGGAGUAUCAGGAAAUGUUGUUCUCAGUCUUGUUUGAUGUCAGGUCUUUUACUUCAGAUUAGUUUAACAAACCGCUCUUUGCUCGGAUAUUAAACUCAUUUUUCAGAUUUGUUCUUGUGGUAAAACCAUGAAAUGUCCCUUCAAUGUGAAACGACGACAUGCUUCUGACGUGACUUGACUGUUUUUUAUUCUCUCACAGGGAGAAAGAGGCGAGUGUGGCACACCUGGAAUAAAGGGAGAUAGAGUAUGUCGAUUUUUUCUUCAUGCUUUAAAGAUGAAGUCGAUGAAAUCUGCAAACACUCACCUGAUUUCAGUCAAAUAUAAACAGCUGACCUCACAGAUUUUAUUGAUAUAUUCAAAUAGCCUGUAACUGGGACUUUUAUAUCAUUAAAUUAUUUAUCUAGAAUUAUGAUUUUAUUCUUGUACAUUUACAACUAAGAACUUAUUCAUUUAAAAGUUUGUUCCCAUACAUUUAUUUCUCCUUUAAUUUUCGUUCUUUAAAGGUAUAUCAUCAUAAAUUUAUAACUUUUUUCUUGUCCUAAUUUGUUUGACUCACAAAUUUUCAAACAAUUUGCUAAUUUACAAGUUUAUUCUCUGAAAUUAUUGACUUUUUUUCCUGUCAAUCUAUGACUUAUUCCUUUGAAAAGUCUGAUUUUCUUUUAAAAUUAUCACUUUUACUUGAUAUUUUAAACUUCUUCUCCCCUUUUUUGCGAAACUGCUUCUCUAUAUCAAACACUGACCUGAUUUCAGUCAAAUGUAAACAGCUGACCACACAGAUUUUAUUUAUAUAUUCAAAUAGCCUGUAAUUGGGACUUCUAUAUCAUUAAAUUAUGACCUAAUUUGUCUCUAAUUAUGACUACGAACUUAUUAAUUUAAAAAGUUUGUUCUAAUAAAUGUAUUUCUCCUUCAAUUUCCUCACUUUAAAGGUAUAUUGUCAUAAAUGUUCAACUUUUUUCUCAUUAUUAAAGACUUAAUUUGGUUGAUGGACAAAUUUAUUCACAUAAGUUUGAUUUUAAUUUUUUUUCCUGGUAAACAGAAUAUCAAACGAUUUGCUAAUUUGCAAGUUUAUUCUCGGAAUUUUUGGACUUUUUUCCUGUUUAUCUACAAGUAAUUAUUUCAAAAAGUCUGAUUUUCUUGUAAAAUUAUCACUUUUACUUCAUAUUUUAGACUUCUCCUCUUUUUUUGUGAAACUGCUUCCCUGUAUUAGUAUUAAUGACACUUAAUCCCCUAAAACCUAACCUUUUCUAUUCUUAAUGUCGCUCCAUAAACAGUAUUUUUCAUAAUUAUCACAGAUUAUGACACUUUGAGACAUUUUUCUCGUUUAACUUUUCUUCUAGGGCCCUGAAGGUUCUGUUGGUCCAAAGGGAAAUCGUGGACUUCAGGUAAAUUAAACUGAUCCUAUCCUAAUUAACCAAGAUUAUUUAAAAUACAUACCAUGAAAAAUUCCCAUUUUAAUUUGACUGAGAUGUAUUUUUGAUGUGCUGUGCUAGUUUAAGGUUGAAGUUAGCUAACUGUUUGCUUUUAAGUAAAAUAAGCGCUAACCCCUUAAAUUUAUCCACAUUUCAGGGUGUACCUGGUCCGCUGGGUGAUAUCGGAGCUGAGGGCCCCAUGGGUAAAAAAGUAAGCACCCCUCAGCUUUGAACUUACCUGACAAGUUUGAACUGAACCUGUGAGAUCUGGAAAAUGUGGGAUUAUGAAGAAGUUAGUAAGCUGUAAAUCAAACUUUGUCCUUCUCCGCUGACUGGUCCUUUCUUUUACAUUUCAGUGAAUUCUCUCUUUUUUUCCUUCCAAACCAAAGACUGCCCUUCACCAAAACCAGAUGCAUAUCUUAAGUAUCUGGGUUUUUUGGUUGGGGGGCAUAUUUCUUUUCCAGUCUGGAUUGAAUUAGGCCUCUUUCAGAACUUGUUUGAAAGGGGGGGGGGUCCAUGAUCAGAACCUGGAUAAUGAAUAAUGUUGUUACCUUCGGAGCGGCAGAUGUGAAAAAGAAAACGCUAAGAUCUUCUCGGGGUGCACUCACCGAGCUGACAUUUAAAAAUACGUUUGGAUUCGAAUCAAUUCACAGCGCGUGUAAAUAACAUCACAAAUGUCAAGUAGCCCUGCGUGCUGAUAACGGCGGUCAUGUGACCACGCUUUUGAGGGUUUAUUUGUGAGUUAUGAUCCAUCACCGGUGGAACAUCUGAACCCCCUCUUCUAAAACGCCCCGUCUGUUAUUACCUUGUCAAACUAUUUGUCUGUUCCUACUUCUUAUCCCCCCUCGCCUCUCCUCUCCGUGUUAUAGCUGCCAAUUCCGCCAUGAGCCCCACACUCCCCGCCAAGUGUUCCCUCCUUAAUUAUUUUGGAAGAAUGUUCAUGUUGAUUGUCUGGCUGUCAUCCUAUAUCACCUGAAUGGCAGACUAAUGUCUAGCUUUAAACGCUGUCCUGACUUGCCUGAAAGGGCAGAGGGAAGAGGGGGGAAAGUGCCGGUAUGCACCCACUGAGAUUUCCACGCCUCUUUCACGCCCACUUCUCAGCCCUCCUGCUGAACACCGCCCUUCUUGAUUUACAGCUUUUGAGUGAAUAAUUGCAUUCUUCUCCGAUAAAGUCUUGACUGAAGAAUGAAAGUACCCCAAGGUUCAUGCCUAAACCUCCGGAGAGCGGCAAUGUUGGAAAUCCUGGACAGCUCUUCUUGUACCCAAUCAUACCAAAAUCUGUGUUUGUGUGUCUUUGUCUGUGUGUUUGUGUUUGUACUCCCACAUAUCUCUCACUCCCUCUCUUUUUAUAGGGGGAAAGGGGACUUCCUGGGCCACCUGGAAUCCAAGGGGAAACAGGCAUCGGCCUUCAGGGACCUAAGGUAAAACCUGCCACCCCAUUGUUCCCAAACUCAUAAAAACAGAAUAAUCUACCUGUGUCUCACUCUGUGCGCUUCUCUCCACUCGCAUUCUGCAGGGUGAUGUUGGUUUCCAAGGGCAACCAGGGCCUCCUGGUCCUAUGGGAGUUGGCGAGUCUGGGCCUCCGGUGAGUAACAAGCCAGUGCGCACACACAAGUGGUGUCUGUGCUGCAUUAAUUGAUCCUUUACCAAGUCCAUACUGCUUGUCAAACUUCUUACCGUAGCACGGUUUGUUAUUCAGGGUGUCCUUUGUUGAGUUUUUGUGUCAUGAUGCGUCAAAUUUAUUCGAUGGGUGACGAUUUAGGACUGCUAGUUAAGUUUGGCACCUGGACCUGGAACCUGUUGGCAAUGUCCUGCUAAGAUAUGUGACAUCCUGAGGGCUCUGUCUGGAUGGCAGAUGUUGCUAGGACACCCUAGCAUGUACUGUAACGCAUGUGCAAGCUACCCAUGCUGUGGGGGAUUAUUUAUUUAUAAGUGUGGGUGGAAGGUGUCCAAGACUUCCAAAAGGGAUGUCAAAUUUUGAUUCUUUCUGCAAAGUGAUUCGAGCCGACACAGUGAAUUCUACAACAGAGUCAUGACCGCAGUCAUCCAGUAUUAGUUCUCAUGCUGCAUUCCGGUUACCUCAGAAGUCGGACGUCAGAGCUGGGAAUGACGCUACACCCGAGUUGACUGCGUUCCUGUUAACAAGUUGGAAAUCCAAGAUGGACGCCUACAGUUACAAUUGUCAGCUGUCGUUAGCCGUUCUCAGCGGUUGUUAGUGGUUGUUAGCGAUACCAGUCGUAAACCACGCAUAAUACAGUAUUUUACUCUUACGAACACCACAGCAGCGUGUUCACAGUUAGAUGUUGGGCAGUACGACAUAAACCACUUAUUUAAUUUCACAAAAACAAAACAGAAGCGCUAAUAAAUAAAACAUUACGAGAGCUCUCACUCUUUACUCUUUACUGUUGAUGCACUGCGCUGACAUCUUGGGUCAUGAUGUUGUCGUCAAGUCGGGUUGGUAAACAUCGUCCGACUUUCCGAGUCAGAAAUCCAGACUUCUGAGUACAACUGGAACGCAGCAUAAGUCUUGACCCUUUUGUAAAGAAAUGUCUCCAGAUUCUCUGAAUCUUUUAAUGAUAUUUAUUAUCUUUCAAAGCUCUUGGCGAUUUUAUUCGAGGAACAAAAAGCGUUGAACUAUUUGCUCUCGCAGUCACUUACAAAAUGUGAAAUCUCUCUCUUUCUGUCCUCCUGAUGAACUCAGCCUCUCUUGAGAACCAUUUUUGAAUAUUUUUAAUAAAACGCAGAAGUCGAGAUCCUUUUUUGUUGCUCACACUACGGCCGAGAGUUUACACACCUGCUGUGCCAAGUGAAGGUUGCUAAGCUCUUACUGAACCAAAGCUAUUCAAAGGAGGCGGUUUAGUGCACCAUCAGCCGCUAAAGGGGUCAGUUUUUAUGUUUCACCUGUGGUCACUUCCAUUGUUGUGUUUUGUUUAGGGGCCUCAAGGGCCACAGGGAGUCCAAGGAGAGAGAGGACCAUUAGGAGAGGGUCUGCCCGGACCGAAGGUGAGUUAGUGUCUUUUACGUCUCUGGCUUUCGGGGCUCACAGCUUUUCUUAGAGGUUAAUGCACUAAAGCCAGUUAAAAGCUUUGAACCCUAGUGACCCCAUUUCAUGCCUUCAUCUUCAAUUCACCCACCUACUCACGGACCUGCUCAGAGGAACGUCUGGGCUCCAGAUCCUCAGGCGUAAUGACAGGAUAUUGACAACGUGUUUGGUUAGGCGAGACGAUAACACGACGCAGAGGUUCAGUAAACGUACAAAAAACAGUGCAGUAUGGAUUUUAUGACCUCAUCGCAAGAUUCGCACCUGUGACGGUCCCUGUCGAAGGCCAGGAGCAGGAGACGAGGCGCUAACACAGGAAACAAGGCAGGAGACAUGACAGAGUGGGUGAGUCAUGAAGGGAGGAAAAAAUGAGCGUGCUGCUGCAUCUGUCUCCUCUCAGGUCAUACAGACACAUGUGUGCGUAAAGACACGCCAAUGGACUCACACAGGUGCGCAGAGGCGGAGAAUCCAAAAAAUUUACACAGCUGAUCCCGUUUGUGACCUUUUUUAUGACUUAACCCGCAUCUUUAAAGUCGGCCUAGAAAAUAUGAUUGACAAGCAGUUUACACCUCUUUCUUUUCAUGUCUGAUUAGAAAGUGGCGUGAAACCAUUUUGCGUGGUUUAAACAGGCUGUACAUGCACACAAGUACAUCACCUUAAAGGGAUAUUCCGGCUAAAAUUAAUUAAGGGUCAAACACACCGUAACACCGAGUUAGACACCCCCUCGAGAGAUGAAUGUUGCCGACCGCCUACUUCUCUAGUUAUACCAACUUUAGUAACGACCGCACAAUAGCAAUACACAGCGGUCUGAGGAGCAACAAAUAAUGCUCAGAACAGCACCUAACUUCAUCAACAGGACAUAUAGGGUCCUAGCCAUAGUACUAGACACCAAACAUCUUUUUAACUUUGCCAAAUUCUUUAGCAAAGAGACUAAACACAACUCACCUACUCUCUUCCAGCAGCCGCUUGUUUGUAGCGGAGUUUCGCAGCUCAAGGAAGAACAUUUAUGAUCAUUACUUCAUGGAAAUACAAUCAGACCGAGACACUAAGGCAGAAGAACUACUGUGUCUGCAGUGCAAAAUGAUCAAUAUGAAGAUUAUUACUUCAAGGAAAUGAUAAAGAAAUGAUCAUAAAUGUUUUUCCUUGAGCUGCGUCACCCCCCUGCAGUCUGUAAUGGACUGGCCCGAGGUCUCGCUACAAACAAGCGGCUGCUGGAAGAGAGUGGGUAAGUUGUGUUUAGUCCCUUAAGUUAAAAAGAUGUUUGUUGGCUAGUACUAUGUCUGUGACCCUAUAUGUCCUGUUGAUGAAGUUAGGUGCUGUUCUGAGCAUUAUUUGUGGCUAUGGAGUGGCGUCUCUGUAUUGCUAUCGUACGGUUGUUCUAAAGUUGGUAUAACUAUAGAAGUAAGCAGUCGGCAACAUUCAUCUCUCGAGGGGGUGUCUAACUCGGUGUUAUGGUGUGUUUGACCCGAGAUUAAUUUUACGCCGGAAUAUCCCUUUAAAGGUGUGUUGCGUUGUGUUGGCACCAUUGUGGACCUCCAUCAGAGCGCCUUUCAUCCAUUUUAAUUUAGUCAAUUAACUCUGCCUCCGAGCAAAAUCAGCACUACAUGUGAUCAAAGAGCGCUCCGAAUCAAUCCUACGAACUUGACGGGAGAAAUUGCAAAAAAAAUUAUAAUGAAUGAACGUAGAAAUGUCGCUUUGUUAAACUUAGGCUUUGAAAUCACAGCAGUGUAAUUUCACCAGUCUCCUGUUCUGUUUGAUGGAUCUGAAUGAUUGUAUCAAGUGCAAUUAAGUCUGUUUAAGAUGACAAAUGUGGACCACAAUCGAGAGAGAUCAACAUGUCGAGGCAGGGCGACAGUAGUUCGGGAGAAAAUCCUGAUUUUUCCACUUCUCUGGAACCUCUCCUCUCCGGUGGUAACAGCUGAAUCCGCCUCUGAACAGGAGGAGGUGUAUCUCCCAACAUUACAGAUUGGCCUCGGGGUGAUUCUGUGCACAAAUUGGCCGCGGACUCGCAGAUGGCGUUCUUGCUCCAAAGAAUCGUUCUUCACGUGUCUGAACAAGCUCCAGAUUCACAGCAUCUCAGCGGCUAUAUUACCUCUUUUUCCACAUCAUUAGCACUUUGGCUCUUGUGCCGAAAUGAGGAAUCACAGAGUCGAGACAACAAAUCUGAACUUUUUCAUGCUGACGUAGCAGACCUCUGGUAUACUUCUGCGUCUACACUGCAUUUUUACUGACCUUGAAUUACCUUGCGUUACAAGGUCAAUCCAUUGAAAAAAAGACUUGUAGAGUCAUACAUAACAAGACGGUAAGCUGCACUCUUCACUUCACACACUGUCGACUUGAAUAACUCGUCUUAUCCCUCAUUUGGUUUCUAUUCCGGCUUUCCCUUACAGAUUUCAAUUGCUGUUAUACGCCCUACGUUUGUUUUUUUUGACUGAAAUGGGAUUUUUUCGGCUUUUAAACUGAACAUCUGUCUGUGAUACUUAAGCAGAAUUUAAUAAUGCAUUAUUUUGCCCUCGUAAUUAGUAUGUUCAUGGUUUUCAGUGCACCUACAGCUAGCCUCAAGCGAGUACUCGGCAGUUUUUCACACUUCUUUAUUGGCUUCACGCCUCAAGACCAGAGGUUGCCGCUUGGUCUCACCCCUUCGGAUUUUAAUUUCCAUAACUACCUGUUCCCCGUGCGUUAUCCCCUACAAAACAGCUGGAGAACUAUCUGCUUCUCCUCAUCCUCCAAAUUAUCACAUCCUUCAAAAUGAUGCGCCAUGACAACCUGCAUUUACAGAGGACAUUACAUCUACUUUGAGUUGGGCAUUUAUGGGCUCUUAGAAAAGCCUCUGAGUUUAAUGGUGGAAGAGCCAGUGACUCUUACUUUUCAUCACAUUUGAGUCAUUUUUUCCCAAAUAGUUAAAAAAGUCAAAAUAUUUCGGUCAUUACUGUUUAUCAGGGUGUUUUCUGUCUUCAAUCAAGGUUGUGCGACCGUUAAAAUCUGCAAUGUUGCUUCUUAAAUAAUGACAAAUUUGCCCUUUUAAGGAGAUCCACUCUUUGGUGAUGUCAGAAUUUGAGCAAAUCUCGUCUUGACCUCGCUGAAUUCUCGCGUGACUUUUGGAACAAGCCAUUCAGAGCCUCCUGUAGUCCCAUCUAGGGUUUACUUAAACGCACAUUUACCUCAAGUCUUUGUCUGUGGUCACUAUUUGUUUUCUUGGACUACCUUUGUUUUUGUGGGGUGGGGAUGGUGGCGUCCAGGCUCAGCCCCUGACAUCCCGAGUCUAAGGUCGUGUUCACACCAGCCUUGUUUAGUCCAGUUGAACUGAAUCCUGGAGCGUUUACCUCCAUGGUGCGGUUCGUUUAGGUUGGUGUGAACGCUGGCCUUGAACUCUGGUGCGGACCAGUCGACUGCUCUCUAGGGUAGGGGUGGUCUUGGACCGCUAUCAAAUGAACUCUAUAGCGGUUUACAUCUGGUGUGAACCCCAUCCGCACCAAUCACAGGAAACGGAAGGCAAAGUUAUCAAAGUGCGGCUAAUGUCUGGCAGGGGAAAAACAUGGUGUAACGAAUUAUUGCCUGUCGUCUUCUGUGAUAUGACCGUCCGAUUGCAGAGCGACACGGUGUAUUAAUACAUUAUUUAAUUGCCGCAGUCUUCCCAGCCAUUCAUAAGCGCGGUCCGUUAAGGUCUGCUGAUAUGCAGUCCAGAUCAGCACCAACAUAAAAAUUAGGAGCCGAUGCUCCACGAUGUAGAGUAAAAAGUUGCAGGGGAUUUGUUGUCUACCCGCCUAAACUGUAUAAGCAAUCACCAAACGGCUUUUGUUGCCACGUGACAAUUUUUGGACUGUUUGAGUUCGGUGAAUCGGACCAGUUGAGAAAUUGCAACAAUAUAUCAUCCUCGCUUUGGCUCGUUUCUUAAAGGGGACCUGCCACCAAAAUUUCAUACCCAUUUUUAUCAUUUUUUCAUAAUCCUUGAUGUCCUCUGAUCAUGUUUGCAACAUAAUUUUAGCUGAAAAGUUAUUUGAUGGUUUGUUUUAGUAUGCCUAGAAAACCUUACAGGAAAACCAACUGGUUUUGGCUCAUUAACAUUUAUGGUAAUGAGCUUUGCUCUGAUUGGAUCGCUGCUGUGAAGCCUGCUGUGCUCUGAUUGGCUCAGCAGUGGAGGUUCGGAUUUCGGUUUAACUGUUAUUAUGCUAAUGCUAAUAGCAUAUGCUAAUGUGUGCUAAAGUAAGGUGCCCAGAUGUCUGUAAUGAUAUCCGGGGAUAUUCGGUGCGGCGGCGGCGGUGGUGCAGGGGCUGCAGGGGCUGCGUGAUCACAGACUCGGUACUAUUUAGUAGCAGCGCAUGCCCCUUGUAAUAACCCCCGUAAGAACUGUUGUUCAGGACUGCUAACUAAAUUCGGCUACUGUAAUAACCGUUGUUCGAGCCCACACGCAACAUUUUUGCUCUCAUUAAUGAAACGCUUAAAUCGGGGACAUUUUCGGGGACAGCUUUUGCCGGGGACAGAUCAUCCAAUACGGGGACUGUCCCCGGAAAUCGGGGACGUCUGGUCACCUUAUGCUAAAGGCUAAAAACGGCAGGUAUUAAACCAUAUAUUUUAGACCCCGAGUCCGAAGAGGAGGUGGAAGUUGAGGAAGAAGCCGGAGAUCUCCAGCGGUGUUUUCUCAUUCAUUCUGCCCGGCUUUAAGUUCAUUUUCCCGGCAGUGAACCGAAGGAAACACCGGUCGUUUGGAAGAGACCCAUAGCGGAGACAGCGGUAGCUGGGUCUCGCUCUGGAUGUGACUGAGUACGAGAACGAGAGAGUGGGCGCGGCUCACCGAGGACGCGCUCGUGAAUAAUGAUGAGCAAGGUCGGCGCAACGUAACACCGACGGGCUUUUUCAAUUGGCCUGGUUUACUCGUUCCUUGAUUUUAAACCUUUACAGAAUGCAAACGACGUAACGGUUUGUUUUCACAUGUACAACAUAAGACGAACAUAAUAUGGACCUUAUAUGACACAAAAAAACCCAAAAUUACAUUUUUAUGGCAGGUCCCCUUUAAAACGGACCUUUUGGUGACAUUUUGGUGUGAACACAACCCAAGGAACACUUAGACACUCACUUCACUGCUCUCUCAGCUGCGUUCUCAGUUUCAGUGAUUUAAAGUUUAGGCUUGAAUUUCAAUAAAACCUCUGACUUAACUUGUUCUUACGUCUAACGUCUAUUAAAACAAACGAUGUUGGACACGGAACGGCUAACGGUUGUUGCGCCAAAACACGGCAAACGGUAAAGUGCCCAACGGUCCAGAUGAACUAGUUCCGCAUCGUUAACGGAAACUAAACCUACAUUUGACAGAGUGUUUGUUAACAAUGAUGCGUGAGCUUGACUUCGCUUUGUCUUCGUUACGGUAAAAGGAUUUUUGUCGUCAUAAAUGGGGUUAAUGUAACUAAAGCCUCUCAACUCUAAAAUCCAUCCCUCCUCUUUCACAUGCUUUCGACGCUUACAUCAGUUUGUCGCCUGUCUUGUAUGUCAAACCUUCAAGUUGAGGCUAAAAACCAGAGGAGAAAUAGUGAGGGGGAAAGAGUCUUUAAACUAAGAUUUGAUGCUUGUAAUAACUCAGAGUGACUUUGAAGGCCGUUGUGUUGGUUUCUGUGGUAGCAAUCUGCCAUAACAAUCCACUCUGGGUGCCAGAAGUGUCUGACAGUAAAAAGUCUUUUGUCUGGGUGCUGUGUCUGUAAACACUGUUGUACAUCAACAUCAGAGAAAGCUUCGAAAUGUAGACAUCAUCAUAAAAAGGGAGCUCUGAGUGCAGUCAAAGUGAGUCCUUCAGUCUAGCUGUCUCCCUUUAUGAAAAGAUGAUUUUCUGUUUCUCUUCCCUUUUUUCUGCAGGUGCGCUGUUGUCAUUUUUUUUGUAUUAUAUGAAGUUUUUUCUUCUCCGUCUCCUCAGGGAGAGCGAGGUUUGGAGGGACCGCGGGGGCCGAGAGGACAGCCGGGCGCAGGAAUCAAAGGAGACAAGGUAACCAUCAAGCGAGGCAGUAAAUAAGGCGCCCAGCUGAAAUACCUUCACACAAGCAUGAACAUAAAGCCAGAGCCCUGUUGCUAAGAAGGCCGCCAGUCAGCAGAGCCACCAGUGAAUGCAUUCAGCUGGGUGUUAUAUAGGAGGUCACACUGAGCAGGUGAUGAAUCAAGGCUGAAGCCUGGCUGGUGUAGGAGGAGAGCGGCCUCUCAGUUUAAGGCUGAUGAGUGUGGGAAAAGCUCGCUCUGCGCUCGCAGUCACAGAACGAGAUUCUCUCCAACUCUCCAGAUCUCUGCAGCCAUCUGGCAAUCUAUGAGCUCCCAAAAACGAGGACUUUAGGUUUGUUUGAAAGUUGCAUAAUUCAUCUUAUGUCAUUUGAAAAUGACGUUUACCUGCAGGAACGACUGACAGAGUUUCCUGCAGACCACAUAAAAAAACAUCUUUAAGGCAUAAAGAUUUUUACACCGUCAUGUGCUGACAGUUUUACUGAAGCCGUGUGGUGAAGGUAAUCACAGAUAAUUACAAUGUUUUCACACAGUUAUGUCAAACUGUGGCCUACGGGCUUUUCUAUACAUUAACAUCACAUGUUUGGGAUGCUAAUGUUCCCGUUGACGGACGAAAACACCCAAAACCGAAAGGUGUAUGUCCUUAAGUUACAUAUUAAAAUAUUUUACAACACGAACUUUCUCACAGAGCGUAACCUCCACUGAGCCAUGAGAAAACACGCCAUCUUGGCAGUGAAUCGCAUACAUUUGGGUGCUUUCCACCGGCUAUAAAUCAUGUAAUACGCCGUGUAAUACCAGCUACAUUUACAUUUGACUAUCAUCAUAAAACUUCAUUCUUAUCCGAACACCUGUAGGGGGAUUUCGGCCCACCAGGCCUUCCAGGGCCCCUCGGCCCCCCAGGAGUUGGCAUACAAGGCGAGAAGGUAAGAAGUGAAAUAACAUGGUUUAAACGUGUCAUAAAAGGAGAGUUUGCAUGUUGUUCCUUUAGUGUAUUAUAGUAUUAAAGUGUACCAUUCUGUUUUGGGGAUUGUACUUAAAAUAACAGACAAGGAAGAGGGCGUAACAUCUGUGCUCUUCCUUCAACUUCCUCUAAAAAAAUGUAUAUUGGCACAAAACACGCAUCCAUGAAUAACUUAUGAAGUAAAGUUAUGAAGACGACGUACUUUAAUCUCGAAGCGUUUACAUCUGAAUGGAAUGAUUUUGUGAGGUUAAAGUGAAAGUCAGAUGGCUUUUAACCAUAGCCUGUAUAUAGAAUGGACGCCGACUUCCUCCUCUCUGGGUGAAGCCACUCCGAGAACAGCACCCUCUGUUGGCAGGCGGCAGUAUAGGUCAUAAAUCCCGCCUCCUCCAGCAAUCCCAAUGGAGCUGUGGACAAACUUUAGUUUAAUUAAAUACACAGAAUAUAAUUGUUUUCUCCCCCUGCUUGCGAUGUUGACAUGUAGUUAUUGUAAGACUGUUUUGUGCUCAAGUCCUCUUUUUGAUAUUAGGGGGUUCAUGUUUUCUUUGAUUGACACCUGAUACAGCCUAUGGGCGUACGAAGAUUUUGUAGCUCACCAGGGCGAUAAGCUGUUUGAGCCGAGUGUCAUCACAGCGACUCUCCCGCCGAAUAGUUACAACGCUACUGCGCAAUGUUGGUUUCGGGAAAUGGAGAAAAAAACUUGGAAUUACCGAGAGCUUUUUGGCUUCAAAUCCAUAUACUGGCAAAAGGCGGAACCAAAAUGUUUUACUUUUUAAUAUAAAUAUUAAUUUCAAAACUUAUUUAUCUGAAUCACCUUUUAAAGAAAUUAUUUGUUUUUUCACUCAUUUUUUAAAAUUAUAUGUGUAUUUCUUCUUUAACUGCACUAAUUUUUAUUUUCAGGGUAUGGAGGGACCAAGAGGACCACCAGGGGGCCGAGGUCAACCAGGAGAGGGCUUACCUGGGCCCAAGGUUUGUACAUACGAUCACACUUUUUGACGAUUAUCGUAGAAAAGGACACAAAGCCUAAGUCUCACUAAAAUGACGUUUUUAUGUGUCACUGUGCUCAGGGGGACCAAGGUUUGCCAGGAGAGGUUGGCGCCCCAGGAGAGAGAGGAGCUGGAGAACCUGGAGAGAAGGUGGCGCCACCAUCAUGUGUUUAUUUUUUUGUUGUUUUAAAAUGCUUAAAUUUUCAAUCCACACACUCACACAGACAUAUCAAUGUGUCGACAGGGUGAGCCAGGAUCUACAGGGUUGUCCGGUUUGCCAGGUCUGCCAGGUGAAGAUGGAGCUCCUGGACAGAAGGUAGCCUCACGUACCCUUUACUUUAUCCAUGUUUAUUCCUAAUACAACAGUUUUAAGUCCAUAACAGUAAAAACGUCUCUUUAUUUGUGUGUGUUUAGGGUGAGCCGGGAGCUGUAGGUCUCAGGGGGGCAGAGGGGUCACCUGGAAUCGGCACCCAGGGUGAAAAGGUGACGUAAAACUGACACGUCCUGCUUUUCUCUCCCUCUAUUUCAAGAAUCCGAUCACAGAUUUAUAACUAAUGUUUAUCCAAAAUGUGAUUCAAAAGGGAGACCAAGGCCAAAGAGGGAUUAGGGGCUUGACUGGUCCUCCUGGGAUCGCUGGACCCUCAGGUCCAAAGGUGAGGAGCCACCAAGCCAUGAUAAGAUGAUAAAUAAUCAUAAUUCUAGAGGUUGAGAUCUAAAUCCACUUUGUUCGAUUUACUCCUCACCAGGGAGAACCAGGGUCACAAGGCAGGCUGGGUUUGCCUGGUCCAGCAGGUCGUUUUGUCGCCGGACCCAAGGUAAAGACCCCGAUCUACAGUCGUAACACUUCAAACCUGUAAAAAUUUGUACGAUAAUGUCACUGCCACAAGGUUUCUAGGCAAGACCAGUUAUGAUUUCUGGUUUGCCAGUAACGCCAAUAUCAAGUUUAUCAAGUUUUCAUUAGGGUAACUUUGGAAAUAAGGUGGCAAAGGAGGAGGUGGGGUGUCCUUCGAAGGGGCCCGUGAUGCAUUUUUUGCCCUGGAGCCACUAACAGGGUAAAUACGGCCCUGUCUGAGGAAUAGACAGGGCACUGCACUAUGAGAACUGAUGCUACCAUGUGUUUUAGGGUGAUCCUGGUCCAAGUGGUCCUCCUGGGCCAAUCGGGGAGACUGGCUACGGACUUCCUGGUCCUAAGGUAACACUCAGUAUGAACCUUUGACCAAGUUCUCUGGAAGUUUUCCCCCUAGAUGUCUGGCCUUACACAAACUCUCAGGCAUGCUGCCGUAGUUUUACAGUCUGACGUCUUCAAUGAGAGGCAGAUCUGGCAGCAUGUGUUUAUAUAUCAUGAAAAUCACUUCCCAGUUUCCAUUGAAAGCAGGAAAGAUGUCAGAAAACGUGUUGGGAAGUACAAAUCUGCUCACGAUCUUGUCUGCUCCAACUGGGUCUCCAUUCAUAAAAUGCAAACAGUAUGUGUUGUAGUUUCUCCUGCCCCUGUUUUGAUGUAUCGCUCGGUGCGUACGAUACAGAAGCACGCGAGGGAGCAGAGAGCACAUGUGUCCGUUUAAACCUACAUUCCUCUUCGGUUAGCUUUGAUCACCUCUCUCUAAAACACUUUGUAUCCUUUGUAUGAAUGACUUUUUAACUUCUGAGUAUUGGUCUGCUGUAGGGGGACCGCGGAGAAACAGGUCCCUCCGGUCCAUUCGGUCCCAAAGGAGACGGCUACCCCGGCCCGGCGGUGAGGAACUGAUUUAGACACUGACCUACACAUCUGUCCACACAUAAAUCUGCUGUUUCAUACCUUUCAUCUCCACAUUUCAUUCAGUCAUCUAUCUCUCCGUCCUUACUCUACACAUCAGUUCCAGAGGUUUAUCCGUCAUUGAGACAUUUAUAACCACCAGAUACAGAAACUGGAGCUUUGAUACAUCCUCAGGAUGUUUCUCUGAAAUAAAACCAUCAUAAGAGAGACAGUUGGGAGACCAGGGGGGCUACUAUGUCUUCACUUAUCCGAGAUGUAAGGGGAAAAUUCAAAACUUUGCUCGUAUACUAACUGUUAAGGGAUCAGUCUUUUUCAAUGAAUCAAAAUAUUUAAUCAAAUUCUGAGAUUAAUUGCGAUUAAUCAUGAUUAAUCGCAAUUAAUCAUGAUUAAUCGCAGAGUUUCAAUCACUAGUUGCAAUUAAUCAUAUCUUUAAUAUGUUAAAUAAUGUUUCUCUUCUUAGUUAUGUUUCUUAGCUGUAUUUAUUUUUGUGUAAGAGGAGGUUAAACUGGUUUACAAAAAGGGAUUGAACAAAGUUAGCGCAUUAAUUUUGACUUUAAUCGCACCGAUACAGACAGGUUUACGCAGACAGCCUUAUUAUUUAUGUAUCUUUAACUGUGCUGAAGAGGUGGUAAGCUAAGCCUUGGUAAGUAUUUUAUCUGUGGAGUUAUUUUAUUGACAACAGUGUAAUAACAACAGCUAAUUUGAUUAUUUAAGCUUUAUUUACAUAUUUGAUUUAAUUCAUAUAUUGUUAACUUGAUAGCUACAUAUGAGAAACUUUCUGUUAUUGCGAACUCUCCAUCUGAAGUAUUCCCCCUCUGUGAUGUAGGGUCCUCCUGGUCUUCCUGGACUUCCAGGUGAACCCGGACUUGAAGGCCUGGGCAUCCAAGGACCAAAGGUGAGAACUCGUAUCCGUCAGAUUAAUAAAAAUGUUUGUAAAAAGUGUGACGAUGGCGGCAGUGAGGAGAGGUUUAACAGUGCUGCCGUUGUUUUUCAUCAUCUGUAGGUAUAUUCUCUGUAAUCAGUGGAAUCUAAAGUCCUGCCAUCCUAAAGAAUCACUGUUAUCAUUUGCUGUUUGCAUGUUUUACGGCCAUCUUAUUUGAGACCAUAAUUGUGAAAUUCAAGAUGAAAAUGUUUAAAAAUCUAACCCUGGAUUUACAAAAAGUCAAAAAAGUAGUGAAUUUACAGAAAUAAAGCCACAAAUUAGCAAGAGUAGAGAUGUCAAUUUGCUAAAAUGUUGUCGUGGAUUUACAAGAAUAAAGUCACCAAUUAAGAUAAAUUGUUCAUAUGCUGCGUCAUUAUUGUUCACAUUUCUUAAUUGUGUUUUUCUCUCCGCAGGGGGAAGUUGGUUUCCGAGGGCUGCCCGGUUUACCAGGACCUCCAGGUGAAGGCCUCCAAGGACCUCCGGUACUUCAUUUCUUAUUUUACAUCACCUGCAUAUCAAAUUUCCUCCACUUACCUCCGUUUGUUUGUCGCUGAAACAAAACAAAAUCACAUCCUGCUCCUCUGAACUAGAGUCAAGGACGUCUCUGUGAUGUUUGUAUUUGCAGAAAGCGUGCUGUGAUUUCAUUCGACAAAGAAACCAGAUGGUGGGAUUGAGUCACACUUUUUUGAAGAAUGACGUCUUUGUUGUCGACAGAGUUUCAGUCUUUCAUCUUGUGCGCUAACAUGCCCACCGCCGUGGCCUUUACAUUAAAAAACUGCCAGUUAGUAGCCGAGGCUGUUUAUCUUUAUUCCCCUCGCAGCUCUCUGACACAUCAGAGUGUGAAUCUCUGCAGACAUAUGUGUCUGAUGAGAAGAACUUGGCCCAACACGCCUAACUAAAACAACACCCAGCACCCACAUGCCCUCGGAUUUCACAUCCACACUCCCCGCUGGCUUCAGAGCCGUGUCUCUGACGGGAUUUAAAUGAGGGCGCAAUUAUAGCUGCCAAAGGGGAGGCAAUGAGAGAGCGGAUCACGUUGAAGGAAAUUCAUGAAUCAGGAUCAUAAAAAGGGGAAAUCGUCAACGUAAACCUUUUUAUUUUUCCUCCGACUGUGAUUUCAUCUUCACAGAUUCAUUAGUGGGAACAUAUAUGCACCAUAUCCCUUUACCAUAUGUUCAAUUUCAGUCAAUGAAACCACAUUGGGCUCAUAUGGAUUCCUUUAAUGUCAUAACUUUUAAACAUUAAAAAGUUACCUACUAUAUCUUUAUUUAAUCCAAGAUAAUUAGUGGUCUUAAACUCGUAUUUCAUCAAACGCAACCUAAAAAAAGAAUACGCUGAAAAUUAAUAUGAUGUAAGACGAUACAAAAGAUAUAAUAAGAUGACAUAGUCAGACUUAAAACACACUGUAUAAGCCAUAAACAGAGUAUACUGCAUAUUUUCUGCAUGAAACACGACGUCAAUAAGUGAAAAAACACCGGGGUACAGUGAUUCUGCGGCAGACUCACAUGGCUUUAUGAAAAAGAAUCUAUUCCAGAUUGUGUUUGAGGUCGGCCAACAUGAGUUUUUGAAGCGGUUGUGUUUGCAUCGGGGAAUUCUGCAUCAUCCUCCAGAUGGUGAGAGCUCGUACUUAGAGUGGGAUGUGAGAGGGGUCAGACCAUUUUUGAGCGCAGAUGGACCUUAAAUCUAAGAAAAGAAGAAAUGAAGAGCUGUUAGAAACCAAGAAUGUUGAGGUUUAUUAACUAACAUUUUAUUACUGAUAAUUAGAUUAGAUUGGGACCUUCUUCUAACUGUAUCCUCUGUGCUGCAGGGUAACCCAGGGCGGCCUGGUCCUACAGGGCCAACCGGACCACAAGGACAGGGAAUACAAGGACCAAAGGUGAGCUGUAAGAAGUCAAAAGUGAAAACUCCACCUCCAGAACAAGUUUUCUAACUCUUGUGUUUGUUUCAGGGUGAGCAAGGAUCUCAGGGUGUGACAGGGCCGAGGGGACUACCAGGUGAAGGCUUUCCUGGAGCUAAAGUGAGUCACCAGCAUGUUCAGGACUUUGACUUGAAUGUGAUUCUCUGGUCUUGUGUUAAUAUGCCGAUUCUUCGGGUGUCAGGGGGAUCGUGGCUCAGCAGGCGAACGGGGGACGAAGGGGAUCAAAGGAGAGAUGGGAGAUCCUGGACAAUCAGGGCUACCUGUGAGUGACUCUGGAGAUGUUGAUGGUGAAGAAAUGAAGAAACUACAGCUCUCAUCAUUUGUGUUCUUGUUCUAGGGUCGAGCUGGGGUUAAAGGUGAAGCAGGCCUCACUGUAAGUCUCUUCUGCUCUAUUUAACCCUCAGUUCCUGUUCAUUUUGUCCCUGAAACGGACAUGUAGAUAAGUACUCAUAAAAUAAUCAUUUUUUAACACUUUCUUACUUCUUUUGACUCAUAUCUCCUAAACAACUUCAGCCCUGAUCAUUAAAGAAAAGUAAAUAGAAAAUUCAAUGUAUUACCCUUUUUAUGCCAUUUUUUGUGCACCAUGUCACUGCUAUUUUUAACGGUAAAAAACACAAAAUCGCGAUAUUUCCCAUAUAGAAUGACCGAGAUUAAAUGUUCUUUUUUUUUUUUGAUAAAAAGAGUCCGGGUCAUGUCAAUGAUGACAAGUAAAACUAAUUUUGAUGCAUCUAAAUUUUUUUUGUAGUGCCAAUUUUUCGUAUUUGAAGCUCCAUCCAGCCAAUUUUGUCCCUGAAACGGACAUGUAGAUAAGUACUCAUAAAAUAAUCAUUUUUUUACAUUUUUCUUACUUCCUUUGACUCAUAUCUCCUAAACAACUUCUUACCCUUUUUAUUUUUUACCCUUUUUAUGCCACUUUUUGUGUGUUAUGUCAUAUUUAUUGAUAAAGUGUUCGUUCUAAACAGCUGAGUGUAUUGGAACGGAAAAAUGCGCCAUUUUCAUCUCCUUUCCUCGAGCCUCGUUCUCUACCAAAUCAAAUGCGAUCAAGUUCUUUGUUCAUAAUAAACUAUUUUUAUAUAUUGGCAUAAAAAAUCUGAAGAUAUAUGUAAGAUAGUAAUCAUUUACAAGUGGUUAUCCACCUCUAACCAAAAUAUGACCGCGAUUACGCUGAUUGCGAGCAUAUAGACAAUAACUGCAUAUUUGAGAUGUGAUAUCUUCUCACCUAAUUAUCCUAAGGACCUGUGCAUCCUCAUGCAUGUCCAUCCACUUGCUCCAAAGUAAGGGCAAAGUUGAAAUUGUCCAAAUGUCCCCCUCUCUUGAACUUGGACGUCAAACUCCGCUCAUGGCAUGCCCGUUUAUAAACAUGGACACAGAUUCGCACCCCUGCACACACGCAGGAGCACACAAACUUUUCCUUACACACAUAUCCCACUCUUAGACAUCCAUAUCUAAUAGCAUGGAAAGUUUCAUUCAUUUCUAAUGAUGUUUAGUAGGUGAAUUUAAUAUGAAGAAAUGUGACUCUCAGCUCAAAAUGAAGAUGAAGAAAAUGACAAAUGUCCUCAAAAUGGACAGAGUAUGAACCGAAGGUGAAGCACUAAUGCAUACACAUGUAACGUCAGUUUUCAGUUAUGGAGUGAUUUUACAGUCUGAUGAAAGUAAAUGAUCUGAAACUGCGUCCACCCUGACUCCUCAUCUCAGUCCACGCUCACUCUGUCUUUGUAUCGUCCUUUCAGAGGGAGGAUAUCAUCCGAAUGAUCAAAGAGAUCUGCGGUAAAGUAUCUUCUGAUCUUUUGCAAUAUUUAUUCACCACUCGGGCUGCUCAAGAGACGGUUUAGUUUCUGGAUCUUGGCCCCCUGUCUGCUGUUAUCUGCGGAUAAUCAGAUCAGAUUCCACAGAAAGUGACAUUUCAGCCGUGAUCUCAUGUGUCGCUGUGAUGUGAUUCCAGGAUGCGGCAUCAAGUGUAAGGAGAGGCCGAUGGAGCUGGUGUUUGUCAUCGACAGCUCCGAGAGCGUGGGCCCGGAGAACUUUGAGAUCAUCAAGGACUUUGUGAACGCCCUGGUGGACCGGGUCACCGUGGGCCGCAACGCCACCCGCAUCGGCCUGGUGUUGUACAGCCUGGAGGUGAAGCUGGUGUUCAACUUGGCACGCUACGUCACCAAGCAGGACAUAAAACAGGCCAUCAGGAACAUCCCCUACAUGGGAGAGGGGACGUACACGGGUACAGCCAUACGCAAAGCAACACAGGAGGCGUUUUACAGCUCCCGUAUCGGGGUCAGCAAAGUCGCCAUUGUUAUCACAGACGGACAGACGGAUAAACGAGAGCCGGUGAAGCUGGAUAUAGCCGUAAGAGAGGCUCAUGCUGCUAAUAUUGAGAUGUUCGCCCUGGGGAUAGUGAACACCUCCGACCCAACGCAGGCCGAGUUCAUGAGAGAGCUGAACCUGAUCGCAUCGGACCCGGACACCGAGCACAUGUUCCUCAUCGAUGACUUCAACACCCUGCCAGGUCAGACCAACACUGCAGGAGAGAGAGAUGCUCUUAAAACUAUAAAAGUGAACAAAUUAUGUUGAUACUCACUUUUCUGUUGUUUCUUGUUCUUCCCAUUUUGCUUUCAAGUAUUAAAGGGAUAUUCCAACGUAAAAUUAAUUUAGGGUCAAACACACCGUAACUCGAGUUAAACACCCCCUUGAGAGAUGGAUGUUGUCGACCGCUUGCUUCUCUAGUUAUACCAACUUUAAUAAAGGCUGCAUGAUAGCAAUACAGAGAUCCACAUGAUCAACCAAAACGGCACUCUAUAGCCACAAAUAAUGCUCAGAACAGCACCUAACUUCAUCAACAGGACAUAUAGGGUCCCAGCCAUAGUACUAGCCACCAAACAUCUUUUUAACUUUGACUCAUUUCUUCAGCAAAGAGACUAAACACAACUCACCUACUCUCUUCCAGCAGACGCUUGUUUGUAGCGAGACCUCGGGCCAGUCUAUUACAAACUGUUGUGGAGUUUCGCAGCUCAAGGAAGAACAUUUAUGAUCAUCACUUUAUAAUUUCCUUGAAGUAAUAAUCAUCAUAUUAAUCAUUUUGCUCUGCAGACGCAGUAGUUCUUCUGUCUUUGUGUCUUGGUCUGAUUGUAUUUCCAUGAAGAAAUGAUCAUUAAUGUUCUUCCUUGAGCUGCGGCACCCCGCUGUAGUCCAUAAUGGACUGGCCCGAGGUCUCGCUACAAACAAGCAGCUGCUGGAAGAGAGUAGGUGAGUUGUGUUUAGUCUCUUUGCUAAAGAAAUUAGGCAAAGUUAAAAAGAUGUUUAGUGGCUAGUACUAUGUCUGUGACCCUAUAUGUCCUGUUGAUGAAGUUAGGUGCUGUUCUGAGCAUUAUUUGUGGCUAUAGAGUGGCGUUUUGGUUGAGGUUUGUGUGUGGAUCCGUAGACUACUGUAUAUUGCUAUUCUGCGGUCGUUACUAAAGUUGGUAUAACUAGAGAAGCAAGCAGUCGGCAACAUUCAUCUCUGGAGGGGGUGUCUAACUUGGUGUUACGGUGUGUUUGACCCUUAAUUAAUUUUACGCCGGAAUAUCCCUUUAAAGUAAUUGUCAAGCAGGGACAUGUGCAGAAGGUUCCUGAAAGUGGCCACAGCCCCCUACUCCAGUGGCCACCCAAAAUUUUUGUGUCUAAUUAUUGGCGUUUGAGGGGUCUUCUCUUUGGAAAUGAAAAUAUCUAAUAUUACAAUAAUAAGUGUCCAACAGGGAACCAUCACUAUCAACAGUUUUUAAUAUUAAUCGUAUUUUUGAUAAAGAUUACUCAGUACAGGCCAUGGCCAUGGGUUGUUAGGCCAUGGGUUCUGUCGCUGUCUAGUAUCUGUUGGGACAAAAAUGUUAAAUGAGCAGACCAACAUUUCUGUCCUCAGAGUCGUGUCGCUCCAGUAACAAGACUAAAAAAAAAAUUCCCACAGUUGUUCUCCAGUCUCUAAAGGCGACAUCUUUUCUGUCCCUCUCAGCUCUGGAAUCCAAGUUAGUGAGCCAGUUUUGCGAGGACGAGAACGGAGCCCUGAUAUACAACAGGAUAACUAAUGGUUACAACGGUUACAAUGGUAACAACGGCAAUGGGAACUAUGCCGUCGGCGGCUAUGGGUACAGACCUGUAACCGAGCAACGAGGAACCAACGGGCGUCAGGUCGGCAUCAACACUGGAGUCAGCACUCAGGGCGGAGGAGGAGGCAGAGUUGAUACCAGCCAACAGGGCAGCAAAGGAUCCUUCACGGCAACUGUACGGAGAAAAAUCACUCACUUUAUAUUAUAUUAUAUAUUUAUAUCACCGAAUGCAAAUUUAAAUAUUUACACUGUCUGUGUUUUUGUUUUAUCACAAUCAGGGCGGAGGAGGAGGAGGAGGAGGAGGAGAAGGAGGGCGUGUGACGACGUCCUGGGGAACUGAGCGUGGGGACACUUUUAACCGAUACACCCCAGAUACGGUCUCUUCCAGAGAGGACUCCUCCAGUAGCAGAGGCUCCUCUUCAUCCUCAUCUUCCUCUUCUUCAUCCUCAACCUUUUCUUUUACAAACACCAGCACAUCUGGGCAGAGGCCACCUCUCCCUAAAGGUAUGGACUUUAAAACUUUCACAUUUCACAUCUUUAGCAGCAACAACCUUAAGGGCCUGUUUCCAUUUACUGUAUUUGUUGCACGUUUCCAAAAUUUGACAGCUCUUCUCACCUGCACUUACUCAAAGUUUACCUUAUAUAUUUAUGUGCUAAGAAUGCAGCAACAAAGCCAUACCAAUGACACAGAUGACAUUUUCCCACUUGACCUACUGUCAGUGGAAACAGGCCCUAAUUCUUCGUAGCUCUCGCUCAAGUCACAAUUCUGUGUGGUUAAAAAUGUCACGUAAAAAAAUAACAACAUACGUUUUCACAAUUCCCACCUCUGAAAAGGCAGAUAGCCAAUCACGAUUCAGGAUUUUGUUUUUGGCAUAAGGGUGGCUGAUUAUCUCCAAGGGGCUCAUGCCACCCCUGGCCAACUCUCUGGAUACGCCCCUGCGUAAAUAAAUAAUUUUCAGCUGUUUCUGAACUGAGGCAUCUGUAUUGCUCUCCAGGCACUCUUUAUGUGUCAAGAGUGCAGCAGCAAAGCCAUACCAGUGACACUGAUGACAUUUUUCCACUUGUUAACUGAUCUGCUGACAGUGGACACAGGCCCUAAUUCUUCAUAGAUCUAGCACUAGUCACAGUUUUAUGUGGUUAAAAAUGUCACAUCAAAGAAAAACAACAUACAUUUCCAUAAUUCUUACCUCUAGAAAGGCAGGUAACCAAUCACAAUUCAGGAUUUUGUUGUUGGCUGAAGGGUGGCCAGUUAUUUCUAAGGGGCUCAUGCCACCCCUGGCCAACUCUCUGGAUACGCCCCUGCUAAAAAAAAAAAAAAAAAAAAAAAAAAUUAGCAUUUUCAUUUUCAGCUGUUUCUGAACUGAGGCAUCUCUAUUGCUCUCUAGACACUCUUUAUGUGCCAAGAGUGCAGCAGCAAAGUCAUACCAAUGACACAGAUGACAUUUUUCCACUUGUCAUCUGAUCUGCUAACAAUGGACACAGGCCCUAAUUCUUUGUACCUCUGAAAAGGCAGAUUGCCAACCACAGAUCAGGAUUUUUUUGUGGGCUAAAGGGUGGCCAGUUGUUUCCAAGGGGCUCAUGCCACCCCUGGCCAACUCUCUGGAUACGCCCCUGCUUAAAAUAAAUAGCAUUUUCAUUUUCAGCUGUUUCUGAACUGAGGCAUCUGUAUUGCUCUCCAGGCACUCUUUAUGAUCACUUAGAUUCAUGCACACAAGACUUCUGAGUCAAUAUUUUUCGUCUUAUGAGACCUUGACUCAUUAUCUCAGCCGUGAAAAAAGCUUGAUAUCAAACACACAUGCUUUUGGACGCUGAGUUGCAUCUGUAGUUUUAUUGUGAACCAGCUGCAGGAAACCACUUCAGCACCAACAGACACCACAAAGAGACGAGGUUUUUACUGCUGACUGUACUAAAAUUUAAUGCAUGUGUUAAAUAGAUGAAUGAAAUGUACGUUAAUGGUAAUUAAAAGCGUAAAUAGAGUUGCUUGACUAAAUAAACAUUACAUUCCGCUCCGGUAGUUGCAUUAUUUUCUCCCCCUUGGCAGUUAGUGAUGAAGUUGCUCAACGAAAUGUGAAACAAAUUAAGUUCAUUUACAUUUUAUAAGAGAAGAAAGUGAUUCAGCGGCGUUUCAUGAGGAAUUUAUUAUAUUCAGGCUGUUUAACAAAACCUGUGAACGUUCUCACAGCAGUGAGCAGCUGCUUUCACAAAAUAAGACUUGGAGCGCGGUUUCUAUGAAACAAACACUCAGACUAAAAAUAGACACUGGAAUUCGUCUGUUGUGCAGCUGUUGUCAUAUAGAACGACACUGCAAAGACUUCAAAGUAAAUUACGUUUUUUUAAUACUAAAUUGGGCAUUUUUGUUCACACUUAGACUUUCACUCUCAUAACUUUAAACCGGGAAAACUCUGCAAAGGGUCAAUCAUGUUUGUAACAGGUGUUGGGGUUCAUGCUGACUCAUCAGUUUGUCCUCGAAUGGCUUCCAGAGCUGUCUCACAUUUCACAAUUUACGGGCCAGCCUUUGUCCUCGCUUCCUUCUCUCAUUUGGUGCAACAGGCUGGCAGGUGUUACCAUCAAAACAAAGCUUUUAGUCAACCAACUUUUCAGCCUUAAAACAAAGCUUCAUCCACAUAAACAUGUUUUUUUUUCAAAGGCUGAUUUCCUAGGCCUCUUUGUUUGCGACUAAAUGUUCCUGACCACGCAACAUUUGUCGGACCAAAGUCCUCCUCAGAGGAGAAUUUCUGAACAUGUGUCUGUACAGUGAACUAAAACAAUAGUUGCUUUAUUUUUUCAUUGUCUUGUCCAUUUUUACAUUUUUUAUUUUGUUAUGAAUAUUCCCUCUGAAACACAAAGUCUGUGGAUCAGCUGUAAAAGUUUUACAAAAGAAAAACAACUUCUGUUAGUGUUUAAGGAGCUCAGUUUCUCCUUUAGUUGUUUAGAUUGAAAGAAGGAAUUUCUUCCAGGAUAAAACCUGGGUACUUGUAAGUUAAGACACAUUCAGUCACCUCUAAAAAUCUGACCAUCACUGUCCUUUUGACCUUAACCCCCAAUAUCCACUGCAUCCAGAACAGCUACGAAAAGGCUGUAUCCGUCGAUCGUAGCUGAUCGUAACCAUUCAAGUUAAUGUGUCCGUUCCGCUGCGGAUCGCCAGACUCCGCAGCUGAUCGUGAGAGUUCUAUUUUUAACAGACGCCGGAGCAUGCCGGAUAAAUUCAGCACAGAUUAGUCCGUGGAAAGGGAGUCGGGCACAGACACAAAAUAAAACAUCCGGCUUCUUUUCAAAAUAAAACACUCUGUGUUUCAGGCGGAUCAUAUUUCAACGAACAAGUGAGACGAACAAGUGAAAAGGUUUACAGACAGCAUUUCACCCCGAUGACACCAUGGAUGAGGAGAUGCUGAUUCUAGAAGUGUAGAAGUAGAUUUCCUCCUCUGGAAGGACACAAUCUACUUCUUAUAUGUUUAGCCUCUGUGGCGAAGAGAUAACUCGUUAUCGCGCGAUUGCACGUGAAUCUGCGGGUUCUUGUGAGUUCUUACGAUUACUGCUGUCAGUAAUACGCCAUGAAAUUCGUCUCACAAACUGAUCCGGUCGGAAUUGGCAUACAGCCAAAACCGCUGCCGCUCCGGAUCAGAGCGGCUCUGGAUGCGGUGGAAAUCCCGGGUAAGAAGGACAUCAUUUCAGUCUUACUGGCAUUUAUUUUUAGUCUUAAUUCAAAAAGAUUUACGUGGACAGCAUUAAAAGCAGCUUGUAAGUCAUGGAUUGCACUCAGAAGGGAAAACAACAAAGUGCAUAUUAUCAAAUCUUCAGCAUAUAAAUAAAACUUUGCAUUCACAUAAUUAUUACAUGAGUAAUUGAUGUAAAUGAUAAUUAAAAAAGGACCCAGAAUAGAGCCUUGUGGAACACCAUUUGGCAUUUUCAAAGAACUAGAAUUCAAACCCUCAGUUUUAACACAUUGACCUCUAUUUUUUUUGUUUUUUUUUAAACCACAUUAGUGACUGUAAUGUUGUUUUUUCUGAACCCAGACUGGAGAUCUUUGGAUGUCAGCUAAAAGAUUUCAUAUUUGAUUACCUACUAGUCUUCCGCUAAAUCUAGCGUUCAACAUGUAAAAAGGAAAAAAAGAUUAGCCCCUAUAUCGCAGCCUAAAACCAAUCAGAGUCUCAACACAUAAAGCUCCAGUCAGUGUGUUUAGACAACAUGUGUUUAAGGAGACUCAUCUAUCCUUGAACAUAACCUUUAUAUAAAAAGAAGAAGCGUAAAAACAUUUCCUCCCUCUGCAGCCACCACAGCGGAGAAGUUCGAAGCAGCGGUGGCCUCCCUGCAGGGUUAUGAUAAGUGCCCUGUGAUUGACAAGCCGGAUAAUGAGGUCAUGCAGGUGAAGAGCAGGGAGGCCAAUUAUUUUUGAUGCAGUGGGGACGAUUUCAUAGAAUCUGCAGGGAGAAGAAACAGAUGUUGCUUCAGGAGGUGUUAGCUUUGAGGUGGGAUUAGGUGGCCAGGUCAUGAGAGGAAGAGAGAAGGUGAAUCGUUUUGCUGAUCUGACCUUAUUUUUCCAUCAUAAGACUUUUAUUUUUCUGCAGAAACAGUACCCUUAGAUCCUCGCUGUGCCUUGGUCCUGGACCAGGGAACAUGUCGGGAAUACAAGAUCAACUGGUACUACGACAAGCAGGCCAACGCCUGCGCCCAGUUCUGGUACGGAGGCUGCAACGGCAACAGGAACAGGUUCGACACCGAGGAGGAGUGCAAGAGGACGUGUGUGAUCCCCAGAUCCACAGGUAAAAACAAAUAUGUGCAAAAACGUAUAUGCGCAAUUAGUAUAUUUACAUUAGCAAUACAGUUGGUGAAAAAUGUGCUCAUUUUUAAAGGUCCCCUAUUAUGGCAUUGUUCAUCAAGUUAAAAAGUUGUUGUCUGAAACACCUGUUUAUUUGUGGAUAUCAGCCUGUACCCCUCCUCUUUUUGAGCUCCACUGAGAACGGGCUGAUUCUGCGCCUGUACCUUUAAAUGAUAAUGAGCUGUGUGUAACCACGCCCCUCUCUGGAAGGGGCUGCGGCUUUGCUCCGAUACCAUGCGCUCAUGCAGGGGUGUCAAACUCAACCACAGCAAGGGUCAUAAUCUGGAUUUAAGUCUAAACUGAGUUUAACGUUUAACCCAAACUGUCAGCCUCCUUUUCAAAAUAUAUCACAAAAUCAGCGAUGAUUAUAAACUUCAAUUCAAAAAGUAAAAAAGAUACAUUUAAAGGCAAUCUGAGAUAAAAAAAAAUCAAAUUGAUUAGUUCAACUGAUCAGAACACUCUAUUAAAAAUAGAAAAAUAUAAUAGCAAAUACAUGAGGAGAACGUUGAAAUCAUACGUUUGAAAUGUCAAAAUAUGAGAUCAUUUUGAAAUCGAGAGUUUAAAGUCAAAAUACGACUUAAAAUCGGAAUCUAAAGGAUUAAAAUGACAUAAAUCUAAAUACUGAGUUCAAAUCAUGUUUGACUUGUAAUCUUGAGAUGCAAAAUUGGAAACAUGGAUAAAACACAUUCUCGACUAUUUAUCAAAUCUUCCUUAGUCUUUACUUUCCCAGAUUUUCAUGGUUUAUUAAGGAUAUUUUAAAUAAUGGUGCUAAAGUUUACAUUAUCAUCCUGGAGGAAAUCUGCAGACUUCAUACUGGUGGGCCAAUAAUAAUACAAACAUGAUAUGAUUUCGUGGGCCAGAUUCAGCCCCGGGGCCUUGAGUUUGACACCUGUGCGCUAAUGUUUACAGCCUGUGCAGUGUGAUGGCUCAUACAAGCGCUGCGGUUCAGCUCCACCAAUUUGACCCAAAGUCUGACCCCUCUGACGCCUAUAUCCAUUUUACAAAUAAGUGUUUAUUAGCUUAUCUGACGGCUACGUCUCAGCUGUCUCGCCAUUAUUUGGAGCUCUUUUGGUGAAUACUCGAUAUUUUGGAAAGUGGAAUGAUAUAGUUAUCUCUCGUGACUAACGCUGUUUGACGUCCGUCCACUAGGUCCCCCACUUCAUGCAAAAAGACGAAUGGAAUGAUAGGAUAGGAGGGAGCUCGUGCGGUUAUAUCGUCAUAACCGCACAGCUUUUUCCAUUUGCCCGUUUGCUCAUGUUUUCAAAGCAAGAGACGGACAGAAAUAAAUUUUUCAUGUCCAGGGGAGGGAUUGUCAGCUUCGAGGGGAGGCAUAUUAUUGGUCGAAAACCACCUAAAAGUGGAUUUUUCAUAAUAGGGGACCUUUAAGACACACGUUCCACAUCUUCUGUUAGAAAAAAAGGACCAUGACGGUUUGACUGGUCCCAAAUGAUUUCACGUAUUGACUCGGUCUUGUUUUUCUCUUUUUUUUUAUCCAGGGGGCUGAGAGAAAGCAUCUGCCGUACAUCUGCUGUAGAUAUAUCAAGGAGGGGCAGCUAAUACCGGCCAAUUUUAUCGCAGGGUUAUGUCAAAUUUCUGCAUAAUUCUCAGGCAUAAACACUAACACUGAUGUUCUUUAUCGCAGCGACACUCAGUCGGUCUCCUCCUGUAGCACUUACGGAAAAAUAAUCCUUCAUUUACAGUUUAAAUCCACGCCUCCAUCAUUGUUGUCUAACACAGGAAACCCUCCAUCACUUAUACUCAGGAAUACUUAUCUAUAUUCUCACUGUGUGCGUGAAGCUCUCAGGGGGGGACUCCCAGCACCUCCGGGACCCCUCUUUGCAUGCACGGUCACAGCGAGUGCUGCACAGAUUGUGAAAAAAGAAAAAUUACUUCCUCCACAUGUCCACCAAUAACUCUCGCGCCUCGUCAACGUCACACUCACAAAGCCGCUGAAUCAAUCAAUACGCGGUAAAGACACAGUGUAGCUCUUCAUUUCUUCACUUCAGGGUGUAUCGGCGCGAUCACUCGGCUGAAAUGAAGCCUCUCAUCACUUAUACCGAUCAAACAUUAUAACAGUUUGUGUUUUUAUGUUAAAUGACCGAUGCUCUGUAACAUCAUUGAUCUAUUGUGUGCUUUUUUUUAAAAAUAUGUUUGUUCCUCUUCAUGGAAAUGUGAUGUUCUUCUGUGU